GGAUGAGGAUUCCACGUGUCAUAAAAUACCAGUCAAGUUAACAGAGGAUGCUGAAAUGAUCCAAGAAUUCAAGUAUAUCUGCCCUACCCAUAGGCCCAGAAUUGAAAGGAAGCUCAGAGAUUGUCUAAGCCAUAUCCAAGUAGAAAUCCCUUCUAUAUCUCUGAAAAAUAUGUUGAAGAUUUCUAGAGAUGGGGAUUCAGCAGAAGAAUAUCCUAAAGCAGUCCACUUUUGGAUAACUAAUUGUCAAUAAAAUUUUUUUGAACUUUGAGAAAAAAAGUCUACCUUUCUAUAACUUUUCAGACAUUGCUCCAAGUUUAGUCCUGUGGGACAAGCUAAGCCAUCUUUCUACAUGUCAGUUCUUCAAAUACCUGAAGACAUCCUCUCUUCCCAGUUCUCCCUAGCUCCUUCAUCCUUAAAAGGCAUAGCCUUAGUUCUUUCCCCAUCACCUCUGCACAUGCUCCUAUUUAUCCAUGACCUUCAUAAAUGUGGUUCCCCAAACUGAACAGAAGGCUUCAGGUGUGUUCUGACCAGGACAGAAUAACCUCUCCUUCCAGUCACUAAUCAGAUAUUCAAAUGGAUCUGGGAACUUUUUGAUGUUCGUCAAAAAACAUUUAUUAGGUGCUUAACUAUUUAAUAAUGCCAAAAGCUGUACAAUGUUGGUGUUCUCUCCAGGGUAGCAAAUUACAACUCAUCCAUGCUUGCCAGUCUUGUGCAGCUCCUGUCCAUAUCCUUCCCUAAGAUGACACUCAAUGAGCUGGGACCUUCCUUGCUUUCUCCUGACAUCAUGAGGAUUCCAAGGGAGCCCAAAGGUGGUCCAUUGCUCUUGCCUUAUGACCAACCUAUUUUUUUUUUGGAUCAUACUUUUUGUUGUCAUCCUUUACCCUGAUUCUUCACAAUUCCCCAUUUGCAAUGGAUUGUGGUCUAUUCAUACCCACAUCUGUUUGUCCUUUGAAUUCUGAGUGAUACUCACUUUUUAUUCUCCAGAGACUAUAAUGUCCCUGACUUUUUUGCUUUUCUUUGCAUCUCCUAUCACAUAGUAGAUGCUUAACAAAUGCUACUGACGUGCCAGUGGACUUAUACCAUACAACCCUGGUAGAAUAUUAAUAUCAAAAAUACCUCUCUGAAUGUUGCCUAGCAUAUCAGUGUUGGCUGUUUUCAUUGAUUUCUAUUGAGUUAUGUUUACUAAAACCUUCAGAUAGUUUCCUAUAGUCUCUCUUGAUUUUUUUUUCACUGAACUUUAUAUGCUUAUUAGUCUAGUCUGCUAUAAUCUUUUUGGAUCUUGAUUCUGUCAUCCUUUGUUUUUGUAUCCAAAUACAAAGUUUGAACAAUUCCAAAAAAAGCAGAACCGUGUAAAUGAAAUGUUGUCACUAUUUUAUAUUAUUUGCUGCUCUUGACUCUCCACAUUAUGACUUAGCUCCCAUUUGUACAAAUCACCGAGAUUCCCAUAAUGGAUACCAAUCUGCCUUUGGAGUCCAAGUUGGAGUCCUACCAGAUCUGGCACCUACCUUCUGGGAGAGUGUAUAUUAACUAAUUCUGGUUUGGUAGAAUUCAUGGAGAUAGGAAGGGAACAAAGCCAAUGUAGGUCCAUUUCUCUGAAAGAGAAAAUGGAGGCUGGAACCCUAAUAGUGAGUGCUAGAAAUCUUUUAGUAACCCAUACCAUGACUGAUUUUGUGACCUUUGCCCCUAGUGCCACCUGUGUCUGCUCCCACGUAGGCAAAGAUAUGCACAGGUGGAAUGCUAGCAAUUGGGUUAUGCCCAAGGGCUCUUAGGCUUGGGAAAAUGUGUGUGUGUGUGUGUGUGUGUGUGUGUGUGUGUGUGUGUGUGUGUGUUUCAGCAACCUUGGCUCUCCUAGAACUCUUUCUUCUCCCUUCCCCCCAAGAGAACAGUAAGUUUGUCUUUCCAGUUAGGUACCACCCCAAGUGAGUGGCCCCAACAUAGGGUGGAGUGAGAGGUGGAGGAAACAAGGGCCAUUCUUCUAUUAGCUGCCAAACUUGGCUUCUCACACACUAUAUAUGCCCUAACAGCCCCAGCUGGGCAUUCAGUGGGUACACACACACACCAUGGGACACCCAGAGUUGGUGGUCUUCAGCCUGCUCUGUUGCCUAGCAGCAGCUAGUGCAGCAAAAUUGGGAGCCGUCUACACAGAAGGGGGCUUCGUUGAAGGUGUCAAUAAGAAGCUGGGUCUCCUUGGUGACUCAGUGGACAUCUUUAGGGGCAUCCCCUUUGCUGCUCCCCCCAAACCCCUGGAGCUCCCCCAGCGCCACCCUGGAUGGCAAGGAACCCUGAAGGCCAAGGAAUUCAAGAAACGAUGCCUUCAAGCCACUAUCACCCAGGAUGACACUUAUGGCAGUGAGGACUGCCUCUACCUGAACAUCUGGAUUCCACAGGAGAGGAAGCAAGUUUCCAGAGACCUGCCGGUCAUGGUGUGGAUCUAUGGUGGGGCCUUCCUGAUGGGGGCAGGUCACGGUGCCAACUUCCUAAAAAAUUACCUGUAUGAUGGGGAGGAGAUUGCCACCCGAGGCAACGUCAUUGUGGUCACCUUCAACUAUCGUGUGGGGCCCCUGGGCUUCCUCAGCACUGGAGAUGCCAAUCUGCCAGGUAACUUUGGCCUGUGGGAUCAGCACAUGGCUAUUGCGUGGGUGAAGAGGAACAUCGCAGCCUUUGGUGGAGACCCCAACAACAUCACCAUCUUUGGAGAGUCAGCUGGUGGGGCCAGUGUCUCCCUCCAGACUCUAUCCCCCCACAACAAGGGACUCAUCAAGAGAGCCAUCAGUCAGAGCGGUGUGGCCCUGAGUCCUUGGGUCAUCCAGAAAAACCCCCUCUUCUGGGCCAAAAGGAUUGCCAGCAAAGUGGGAUGCCCAGUGGAUGAUACUGUCAAGAUGGCCAAAUGUUUUAAGGUCACUGAUCCCCGAGCUCUGACUUUGGCCUAUAAGAUGCCUCUGGCUGGCAUGGAAUAUCCUAUGCUGCAUUAUCUGGGCUUUGUACCAGUCAUUGAUGGAGACUUCAUUCCUGAUGAUCCAGUCAAUCUUUUUGCCAAUGCGGCUGACAUUGACUACAUCGCCGGCACCAACAACAUGGAUGGUCACAUCUUUGCCAGUAUUGAUAUGCCUGCUAUCAACAUGGCCUUCAAGGACGUCACAGAGGAAGAUUUUUAUAAGCUGGUCUCUGGCCUCACCAUAACCAAAGGUCUUCCUGGUGCCAACAUCACUUAUGACAUCUACACCCAGACCUGGAGCCGAGACACAUCUCAAGAGAUCAAGAAAAAGACCGUAAUAGACUUUGAGACUGACAUCCUCUUCCUGGUGCCCACAGAGAUUGCCUUGGCCCAGCAUAGCGCCAACGCCAAGAGUGGCAAGACGUACACCUACCUGUUCUCCCAUCCUUCUCGAAUGCCUGUUUACCCCAAUUGGGUGGGGGCUGACCAUGCCGAUGACAUUCAAUACGUCUUUGGCAAGCCCUUUGCUACACCCUUGGGUUAUCGGGCCCAGGACCGGACUGUCUCCAAGACCCUCAUUGCCUACUGGACUAACUUUGCCAAAACUGGGGACCCCAACGUGGGCAAUUCUGCCAUUCCUACCCGUUGGGCUCCUUAUACUCCGAAUAAUGGCAACUACUUGGAAAUCACCAAGAAAAUGGAUGCCAGCUCCAUGAAGCAGCACCUGAGAACCAACUUCCUGCGCUUCUGGACCCUCACUUAUCAGGCCCUCCCCACAGUGACCGGUGACAACCAAGCUCCUGUCCCUACAGCAGCGGACGCUGAGGUGACCUCUGCCCUCCCUGCAGUGACUGACUUGGAGUAACCCCUAAAUUGGUCCUGGGCCUGUUCACCAGGAAGCCAAGUGCCCAUGAGAGCCAGAAUCUGGUAGUGUCUAUCUGGCUGUCUGCCCCUCCCCUCUCACUUCCUUAAUAAAGUCUUCUUGUUA